GUCGUUCCGUCCAAACCAACGAGGUCUCAGUCAACGUCGCGACCCAGGACAGCAGUCAAAAAAAAAAAACAUAUCAACACCACAAUGACACUACUAGGCAGCGUAGUCGGCUUCUCGUUCUUUGGCCUCGCAUCACGCUUUGGCCAGCUCUCAAUCCAGAAACGCAACCUCAUGGACAAUCCAGGAGGCCACGUAUUAGCCAUGGCCGUCUUCGGGUUCGCAGGAUACUGGGCACAUCAGUGGGACGAGCGGGCAGGAGUGAUCUUGGCGGAGAAGCGGGCAGAAAUAACAGAGCGCAGGGAGAGGAGGCUUGCGAGAGCGGAUAUAUGAUGCUGUGCGCAGUUGCAGACGAGCUGGAGCGGGGUAUGAUAGACAGAAUCGUACCGCCUGUAUCACCCAAUGCACUGCUUGCUUGUCGGUAUAAAUCACUUUUUAGACUCGUUCCUUGCCCAAAUCUUGGAGAGGAAAUCGAAUAAAUUCAAACACUCUUGAUUACUGU